AUGGAAUCUCCCAGCUAUCUUUAUUCUGAGGUGACGGUGCCUACUUUGCUAGAACAGCCCAACGGUGCCUACAGUAAGAAAGAAAUAUCCUAUCUGAUGAAAAUCGAAGGUGUUCACAGGAUUCUUCACCUUUAUCAGAAGUCCUUUGUGAUUCAGAAUAUGCCUAUUUACUAUCUGAGUUUAAAAGGAAGGAGAACGGUCCAGCAUCCUAAACCAAGAAUUGACUGCUAUUAUAGUGGCUACGUGGAGGACCUUCCCAAUUCAGACGUGGUCAUCUCCACCUGCAACGGUCUUUGGGGUUACGUACAGAUCGGGAACCUGACCUACCAAAUCCAGCCGAUCGAGAACUUCAGCGGGUUCAAACACCUCCUCUAUCGCAAGGCUCCAGAGCCGAAUCCUCCGUGCCAAGGGGUGGUGGUGGAAGAGAUGGGCCUGGGGGCCAGGCCGACAACGAUCCACGCACCGGAGCCCAAGGACGCCGUACCACAUUUCCCUGGGAAGAACGCGCCAUCGAGAUACCUGGAAUACUUUGCCGUUUGUGACCAUUCUGUGUUCCAGUGGGCCAAGCAGAAUGUCACUCAAGAGAUGCUGAUGGUGCUUCAGAUUCUCUCGGUGGUUCACCAUGUGUACAGUGACAUCGGACUCCACGUAGUCCUGACGGGCAUGGAGGUGUGGACAGAAAAGGACCACCUGCCCCUCAGCAAACAGUUUGGGGAAAGGGUGCAAGUGUUUCAGCACUAUGCCAAUUCUGAGCUUCAGCGCCAGACCCACUUCGACCACGCCACCUUAUUCACGAAUGUGGCUCAAGACGACACGUUCGCAAAGACGUGGAAGUUGCCCGAGUGUCUUCAGAACCAGGUCUCGGUUUCUGUGGCCAAAAUUUCUCCGUCUGCCACGGACGUCGGGGUCUCCGCUGCGCACCAGCUGGGCCACGCCCUCGGCUUCGCCCACGAUGACCUGCCACGGGCGGACGGACGGCCCUGUGGAUGCAACUCCACCACCCAAGCCGGCCACUGCCUCAUGCAUGCGGCCACGGCAGAACGCUACGCGCUGAGCAACUGCAGCAAAGAGACCUACUUCGCGUUCCUGCAGGGCCCAGGCAGGAACUGCUUCCUCAACUGGCCCAAAGACGUCACCCCGAAAAAGACGUGCGGCAACGGCGUUGUGGAGGACGGAGAGCAGUGCGACUGCGGCACGGACGAGCAGACAUGCAUAAUCAACGACUGCUGUCAAGAGGAUUGCCAAAUGAAACCCGGCGCCACCUGUCUUCAGGGAUCCUGUUGUCAAGAGUGCAAGUUGCUAACAGAAGGGACGGUGUGCCGGGAAGCCCUCUCUGAUUGUGAUCUGGAUGAAUACUGUUCGGGGACCUCGGAAACCUGCCCCCCAGAUGUCUUCAAGCAAAACGGGAUGCCCUGCGGCCUCGACAGCACCUGCUAUUCGGGCGUCUGCUUGGACAUCCGCCGGCACUGCCAGACGUUCUUCGGCAAAGGCAUGCGGAGCAAAAUGGAGAUGCAGCUGAUGGGGAUGGCAGAGGGGGGUGGUAGUGGUUCCAGGCCCUCAAGAGAUGUGUCUUGUGGAAGGCUCCAGUGCACUAACGUCCAUAAAAUUCCCAGAAUUCCCCCGGGCUUCUCCAUCCUCCAGACGCCCGUCGAAGAAGUGCUGUGCUGGAGUAUCAUCUCUGCCCAGCAGGACGAUGGGAACGAUGCCGGAGCAACGAAAGAGGGCUCUUCCUGUGGUCCCCGCAAGAUAUGCAUAAACCGAGCGUGUGAGGAGAUGAAAGUUUUGAAUUACGAUUGCGAUGUUUCCAAGUGUAACAACCAGGGGGUCUGCAACAGCAAAACGAACUGCCACUGCAGCUACGGAUGGGCCCCCCCUCACUGCAGCGGCCGCGGUUUCGGAGGAAGUGUCGACAGCGGCCCGGCUCCUGAGCGCGUCAAAUCGAAAAAAACCUUGAUGCUGGGUUCGAUUAUCGGAGUGGCGUUGCUUCUCCUGGCCCUCACGGCGAUGCUGAAGAAGUUCCUGCCCAUGUGGAUUCGAUAUGGAGGAUUGCUCAGGCAAAAAGUCUCUCCAGAACCCAUGGAUUCGGCUUUUGAAAGCACCGGAUCGGUGGCAGAAUCGAUGGAGGAGUCCAUGGAAGCAUCGGCAGGGAAAGAUCGGAUCUGA